CCAGUGCGAAUAACUUCUCCACAUUUCUCCAGUGGAUAUGAUAUUCCACAUUUCUCUGGCUUCGUUGCCGUGUGGUGUAGUACUAGCAAUCACCAAGCUAAUAAUGAUACUUAUAUCGUGAGAAGUGUAGAUAUCACCGCUGCUAUGGAAAGAUUGAGAAUUAGAAUGCAAAAACAUGCUUAUGUUCAAUAUGUUAAUUCUACUAUUGCAUUACGGCGCAUUU